GGGUGAACUGUAAGUAUAUUAAAAAAGAAACACCCAAGAAACAAGGGGUUCAAGAAUGUACAGUAAAAAAGGAAACAAAAAUGCAAGUUGACCACAACAUGGACAACCCAAGACCAGCAAAAACAGCCUGCCAAAACGCAACUGCCCACCCUCCAAAGAGAGGGAGAAGCACAAGAAAACCAAAACAACCAGCCCAAAGAGCAUAUAAGCAAAAACCUUCACCAAAAAACAGUAGUGAAGGUCACGAAAAGAGCUUACAACUUUACAAGCUCAUAAGGAUAAAGGCUAUACAAAAUCUUAUAAGUGAUAUAUUGGAUUCUAGCAAAAACGUCAUCUUCUCUUGGAGUCAAACCAUCCAAGCAUGUAGCAUUCUGGGUCCUCCAAAUCCAGUAGACGGAAUAGCAAAAAGCGAUCCUAGCUGCCUUUGCUUUGAUUCCCGAGCCCUGCCUCUCUUUCUUGAUCCAUUUCAACGAGGUAUGCAAGGUCCCCAUCCCCCUAGGAAGCUGCAACCACGUCUUAACUUUUUGCCAAACAUUACCUGCAAAAGGACAAACAAAAAAUAGGUGUGGUACCGUUUCGGGACCACCCUUACAGAAGGGGCAGAUGUUAACAACAUCCAGCCUAUGCAAAUUAUCAAAAGUAGUCAGUCGGUUGCGAAAGGCUAACCAAAUUGUGAAGGGGAAUUUGGGGGGGAUAUAUAGCUCUUCCAAAUGAAGGACAUCCAACUAUGAGCAUCCCCCUUAAUUCGAAGCAAGUCAUAUACUUUGGCCGAAGAAAGCUUACCAUUGGUUUGAAUAGUCUCAAGGUAACCAAUGACAACUUGGGUGUUAUCAAAAUGAGCCACAAUUUGAUCUCUAAUCAAGACAAUCUUCUUGAUCAAUUGGGAAUCUCUUGGGUGAGGUGUAAACUCCCAAACGAUUUCAAGGCAAUCAAGGCAAUCUUCUUGAUCAAAAUGAGCCACAAUUUGAUCUCUAAUCAAGGCAAUCUUCUUAAUCAAGGCAAUCCACCGUCCUCAUUAUCUUACUGCUGGAGUUCCUCUCUGUCUACGCAUGUAUUAACUUCUCCAUCUUCCCUUGUUUUCUUUUUCAUCAUCUCAUUUUUUGUAUUCUUAUCUUUUACUCCGUAUUAUAUUUUACACACACACACAUACUAGUAUAUACUACGUGUAUAUAUAUUGUUCUUCCUCCCCUUUCCGCGUGGAUUAGCAAUCACUUCUCUGCCCGGACAAGCCUCACUUGUUCAGUGGGAGAAAGGAAAAGUAGCUCUCGGUACAAGAUCAUGAUCUUGUGCCUGGAUGGUCACCUAGGCACAAGAAAACUGGCCUCAUAUGAGGUUUGGUGCCAGCACCUCUCUCCUAAGUACCACUCGCCCCAAGAAGUCAGGCGAAAUAUAUAUCUUGUUCUUUUUCCAUAAAAAAAUUCUCGUUCUUUUUAUUUUGUCUUAUAAUUUCACAACGGAAUCCAAGGAUGGGUCAAAAAGUCUACUUAAUAACCAUUGCAAUAUAUAUAAUGUAUACUCAUCGCCUUCAUUGGUUUGUGUCAUGACUCAUGAGUGCCACCUAAUACUUUUGACCAAUCUGCAGCAGCUGCUUUAUCGAAGGUGCGCCGGGCAACUGACGGAUUCUAUGAAAUUGGAGCACGGGUUCGUCAGGGUCCCCUCUGAGCUUUACUAAAAAUAGUUCCAACCACUGUAUCUCGAGGAGGAACUUUCAUCCGCUAUUUCAGGCUUCAGAGAUUCGGAGAACUCACGGAAUCACCAGCGACGAAGCCUCACACAUGGCUCAUGUCUCCAGGAUGCAAGGGCUUAGAGAAUUUGAAAUUAAGAGGGCAGUCAAAUGGAGGAUGUGCAAGCAAUAAACAUGGUGGGGUCUGGUUUUAAAUGGUCUAAGUUGACCGAACCUUUGUAGGAAAAAUGUAAGAGAAAAAAUACUGUAGCAAACAUGACCGGCCAACGGCCACAUCAUCAAUUAAGAGGAGAAUCAGUACUUUCACUGACUAAAAAGAAGAAUUGUUUGUUUUUAUGUAGAUUGAGGGCUCAAUUGAAUGAUUUAUUUGAUAUAGUACAAGGAUCUAUUUGACAGUUUUCCCAAAAAUUUAUGAAUUUAUGAAUAUAAACACACACAUGUCCAUUACUUUUUACAAUAAUAAUAUACAGACAAAACUAUCAAAUAGCCUCAUGUACUAUAGUAAUAUAACAAUUAUGCCCUUGUAUCAUUGAAUCACUCGAUCAAACCUCAAACUUUAAAAACAUUCAGAAUAACUUUUUAGCAGGUUAGUAGGUUACCAAUAGGUUAACUGGUUAGGCGCUUACAUGGUCUCCCAUUUGCGAAAGAGUAAUAGUCUUCAUGAAAAGAUUGAAACAAAUCUUCCCAAUGUUAAGGUUUGGUGGAUGAAAAAUGAACCAUGAAAUUGUCAUUUCAAAGGUGUCCACAUGACGGCCACCACAACUUGGCGGAGGAAUUCACAAGGAUUCAAACAAAUUCGUGGGCAAAGUUGGGAGUUCCACCGAAGCGACAACACCUUUCACCCUUCUUUCGUUUGUGCCUUCUUCAGCUUCAAAGGCCACAAGGAUGUCAAGGAAGUCAACAGACAAGAACGUCAAUUUAUAUUUGCCUCGAAACCUAUUAGCAUAUGAAUCAGGAUGAAAAUGUUUAUUAUUAUUAUCUGAAUGUACAAAGGGAGUAUAUAAACGAAUACAAUCAGAUUGGGUUGACCAGCUGGCUUAUUUGUUCUAACUAACUGUACGGACUAACCGAAUUAGUUGUAUUUCAGCUAUAUUAUGUAUUUACAAAUAUAAACUUUGAUCAAAAUAAUGAUCAUAUACUAAUAGCCUCCCUCAAGGUGGAUCGAAUAUGGAAUGAAGAUUCAGCUUGGAGACAUUAGUAUUGAAUGCAGUAGGUAGUAAUGCCUUUGUGAAACAGUCCGCUAGUUGGCAGGAUGUUGGAACAAAAAACUGUUUGAUUAAGCCCUGGUCAAAGUUUAAUUCGUAUGAAGUGACAGUCGACUUCGAUGUGCUUCGUUCGUUCAUGAAAUGUAGGAUUUUUGGCAAUUUGGAUGGCAAAUUGACUGUCACUAUAGACAUGGAAAGGCAUGGAAGCGGAAGCAUGCAAAUCACGUAGAAGAAAUUGAAUCCAUUGUAGUUCACACGCCAGGGAUGCUAAAGCUCUAUAUUCAACUUCAGAAGAAGAUCUGAAAACAGUGCUUUGUUUCUUUGAUUUCCAUGAGAUUAAAGAAUACCCUAGAAAAACACAAAACCCUGUGACUGAUUUCCUUGUGUCAGGGCAAGUGGCCCAAUCAGAAUAUGAGAAAGCUUGUAUUUGAAGAGUGUUGGAGGAUGAGAAAAACAGACCAAGAGAUGGUUCCUUUUUGAGAUAUUUGAGAAUGCGUAAGGCAGCAUGAAGGUGAGGUUCUCUGGGAGAUGACACAAACUGGCUAAGUUGUUGUACAUCAAAGGUGAUGUCAGGUCUUGUAUUAGUGAGGUAGAUUAGGCGGCCAAUCAAUCUUCUAUAUGAGGUAGGAUUAUGUAUAGGAUUUCCUGUAUCUGCAGCCAAUCUUUGAGCAGAAUCAAUAGGUGUGGGAGCUGGUUUACAACCACACAGGCCAAAUUCAUCAAUCAACUCAAGGCAGUAUUUUCUUUGAUGUAGGAUAAUUCCCUUUUUGGAUCUAGCAACCUCAAGUCCUAGAAAAUACUUUAAGUUACCCAGAUCCUUUAUGUGAAAUUGUUUGUGAAGCAAUGUUUUUACUCGUUUGAUUUCUUCAGCAUCAUUCCCUGUAAGUAUGAUGUCGUCAACAUAUACUAAUAAGACUAUUAGUGAAGAUCCUAUGUGUCUGACAAAGAGAGAGUAAUCAGCUAGGCUUUGCUUGUAUCCAAGAGUGAUUAAUGUAGACGUCAAUUUGUGAUUCCAUUGGCGACUAGCUUGCUUUAGACCAUAAAUGGACUUAUGUAAUUUACAGACGAGAUUGGGAUGUGAAAUGAGAAGUCCCGGUGGAGGUUUCAUAUAUACUUCCUCAUGUAAAUUCCCAUGAAGAAAAGCAUUAUCAACAUCUAGUUGCUCAAUAUACCAGUUGUUAGUACAUGCCAAAGAUAAUAACAAUCUCAUUGUGGUAAGUUUUGCAACAGGUGAAUAUGUUUCAAAGAAAUCAAUUCCUUCUGUCUGUGUAAAACCUUUGGCGACGAGUCUGGCUUUGUAUCCUUCAAUAGAACCAUCAGAUUUCAAUUUAACUUUAUAAACCCAUUUGCAACCCACUGCCUUUUUACCUGGAGGUAAUUUCACCAGGGACCAAGUUUUAUUGUUUUCAAGAGCUUUAAUCUCAGUAAGCAUUGCUUGUCUCCAACAUUCAUGUUCAUUGGCUUGUUUGAAAGAAGAGGGUUCAGAAUGAAGUGAAAGGGAAUGACAGUAAGAAAUGUAUUUAGGAGAACAAUUGGAGAGAUUAAGUUGUGGUUCCAAGGAAUAAGAAGUAGAAGAAUUGGUAAUAGCAUUCCCAAAGUAGUAAGCAUCAAGGUAACCUGGAGCUUUCUUAAGUCUUUU